GUCGAAUACCACAUGGCUUUUGCCUUGCACUAUCCAACGCCGUAGGAGGGGUUUGUGAGGGGUGGGUUCUGAAAUAUAAAAGGCGCCGCCCCUCACUCAUUCCCCAGCAGUCACCUCUAUUUUUUUAAGCCUUCCAGAAACUUAACUGCCUGCCCCCAAACGUCACCGUCGUCAUGGCACCCACAGAUAUAUUCACCAUCACCGCCGACCCGGGCACCGACAUCUGGCGCAAGCCUCCCACGACCGACGUCUUCAAUGCACCCACCGCCCUCACCCCCGCCGGCCCCCACCCGCAGCGCACCUCCGGCCCGCUAAACGCCUUCCUCUCGGCGCGCCUCUCGCUCAACUUCACGCCGCAAGAGACAUACGACCAAGGCGGCCUCUUACUCAGCCUCCGACGCAAGUCCGACAGCGACAACAACGCCCCACCCUCCAAGUGGAUCAAGACGGGCAUCGAGCUGUACAACGGCGCGCCGCGCGUGUCGACCGUUGGGUGCGACCGGUGGGCGGACUGGUCCGUGGCCGACCUGCCCCCUUCUUCGUCAUCUGCCUCUGGCGGGGAGACUGGGUGGACGACGGUGGUGGUGGAGAAGGACAAGGACGGCAACGGGACGGGGCUGUGGGUGUACCGGGUGGCGGAGGGCAGCGGGGAGAAGGUGCCGCUGCGGGAGAUCUGCUGGGUGUUUGGGGAGGAUCCCGAGGCGUGGGAGGUCGAGGUGCACGCGAUGGCGGCGCGGCCCGAGAAGGGGGUGCAAGGGGGGUUGACGGUGGAGUUUGCGGGGCUGGAGGUCAAGUGGGCUUCUUAGGUGGGUGAGUUAAAUGUGGAUGGGGAGGAGGUUACAUGUCACAGUCACGGAGAUGGAUAAGCAAGUGGGCCGGGGACGUUGUUGAGGUGGCCGAAUGUGUUUUCUUUUUUUCGUCCCAUUACCUAGCCCCUCAAGCGGCCGGCGUAGAGCCUUGCGGGAACCGGCGGGAUGCUAUCUAGCGUGCUGCGCGCCCUCUAGGGGCGGCAGAAAGAUACCAUCUCAUACCCAUCCCGAUGAUAUAAAAGCCCGAAUUCGGUUCGUCAAGAAGUCAAAGUCGUCAUCAUCAUCAGUCGUUACAAACGAGUGACCGCCCUACUCUGCGCGGCGAAGUAUUGCAAGCAACCAUGCAGGUUCCUUUUUUUUUUG